AUGCCACGAAAGAAUGCUAUGCGUGAUAAUGUAUCUGCUGUUCGUUCGCGGCUGCCGGAUUUGAUGAAUCUAUCGCGUGAAAAGAUCGAACUGGCAUUGCUCUAUUACGAAUCCAAUGUUGACGAAACAGUAGAAGCGUUUAAAAGAAAUGGUGCAAUGGAAGCGCUCAACGGAUGGACUGAAAUGAAUAAUAAUCGCGGAAAUAACUCAAAUAAACGUGGCAAUAACAAAUCAAGUAAUGGUCAGAAGAAAUCUUCAUCUCAAACACUUCCGUCGAAUGGUAUUCUACGACCAUCACAACGUGUUUCAAAUAUAUUUCAAACGUUUGCUGAAGGCGGCAUACCAACAAUCACAACCAAUGGAAUAAGUACAACUACAAUCAAUUCACCAUCUUCAUUGUCAUCAUCAUCGUUACAUGAGCAAUCUAAUAACCACCUUCAAUCCUGUCUGUCUACCGAUCUCUCAUUUCAUCCAUAUUUUAGUCAAGACUCAACGACAAAUCAUUCGGAAUCAUCAUCACAUCCCAAUGAAUCAACACGAAAUGAAUAUCACGAUACAUCGAAUGUAACAACAAACAGCUCAACAACCACAGAUGAAAGCAAUCUACUUACAAAUCAUACUGACGAAGAUACCGAAUCAACCAAUGGACAUAAUGGUAAACUAAAACGUCGGAAAAAUAAUUCUAAAUAUCCCAAUCUUGAUCAAACUCAAGAAACUUCCUCAAAUGAUGCCCAACCAAUAACAACAACAACAACAACAACAGUGACAAAACCGUCGACUUCGACAAAUGGAACAACAUUUAUCAGUGACAAUCGAAAAAUUCUAACAAGACCUUCCAAAGACCUUCAACGUCAAACGUCAACGUUAACCAACGUUGAAUCAUCGUUUGAACAUGAAAUCAAAUCUUCAAUAAAACGUAUUGAUGACGUAUUCAAGCAAAUCCGCGAAAUCAUCAAAGAACGUGAAAUUGAGUUGUAUCUCGAAAUGGACAAAGUGAAAGCACAAGGUCUGAAUAUCAUCCAUCGUCGACAGAAACGUGCUAGUGAACUCCGUCAACGCGUGGACAGUUGUGAUCGACUUGAACAAUUAGAAAUCGAUUUACUUCGGACUGAUAUCAAAAAUUUUGUAACUGAUCGUCGAUAUGAUCUCUGCGAAGAAUUAACCUCCUUGCGUCGUUUUGAAUACGACCAAGCGGUAAUAGAAGCAUUGAAAAAUUUCGGAACAGUUUUAAGAAUCGAUAGAAAACAAGAUCGCGCACGAACAUUAUCAACAUCGUCGGCAUUAGUUGAACAAAAUGGUACAUCGAUAAGUCCACUUGAGAACAACACAUCAGAAAACUCAAUAGAACACAAUUCGGAAUUAGUAACCAACGGUCGAGUGUUCUCAUCAUCAUCGUUAUCAUCGAAUGAACCUCUCUCGUCAAACCAUCAACAAGCAUUACCACAGAGAAUUACAAAUAAAGCAAAACUUAAUGGAAACAUAGCCGGUGAUUCUUCUCCUAUGACUUCUCAAACGAAUGGUCAUCAUAAUCAUUAUGACGAUUCAAACAAUUAUCAAACUGUCAACCGUCGUCGAGUAGCACCUUCUCAACAACAAUAUCCUCCUUAUCAAAAUGGAAAUAAUCAUCGCCGAACACGUGCAAUACCUUCGAACAAUACCAGUCAAACAAGUCGUCGAAAUGGUUUCAAUAACAGUGAAACGACCAAUACAUAUCGUCGUCCGCGCCCACCGCCUCAAACAAUGAUUUCUCCAAUAAGCAAUUGA